GUAACACUUCCUGGUUGCUUUUGCAAAUCUAGCCUGUCACUAAACCGGUGACGAACUAAAAUGGGUUAUUUCAAUUUAGUGACAAUAUGUGCAUUUAUUCAUUUGCUUGUUUCCAUACCUUAUGCAUACAGUAAUUAUGUUGAGACCAAAGCUGGACAGUUUUUCAGCAGUGGCCACACCAACAACUGGGCAGUCCUGGUCUGCACAUCUAGGUUCUGGUUUAAUUAUCGGCAUGUGGCGAACACGCUGUCAGUAUACAGAAGUGUAAAGAGACUGGGCAUUCCAGACAGUCACAUUGUGCUGAUGCUAGCCGAUGAUAUGGCCUGUAACUAUAGAAACCCCAAACCAGCCACUGUGUUCAGUCAUAAGAACAUGGAGCUGAAUGUGUAUGGAGAUGAUGUGGAGGUGGAUUACCGCGGAUAUGAGGUCACAGUGGAGAAUUUCCUGCGAGUCCUGACAGGGCGUCUCCCCCCCAGCACCCCUCGAUCCAAACGUCUGCUUUCCGAUGACCGCAGCAACAUUCUCAUCUACCUGACAGGCCACGGGGGAAACGGCUUCCUGAAGUUCCAGGACUCAGAGGAGAUCAGCAACAUGGAGCUGGCUGAUGCCUUUGAGCAGAUGUGGCAAAAGAGGAGGUACAACGAGUUGUUGUUCAUCAUAGACACUUGCCAGGGGGCCUCCAUGUAUGAGAGGUUUUACUCACCCAACCUCAUGGCCCUGGCCAGCAGCCAAGUAGGAGAGGACUCGCUCUCACAUCAGCCAGACUUGGCAAUAGGGGUGCAUUUGAUGGACAAGUACACCUUCUACUUACUGGAGUUUCUGGAGGAAGUCCACCCCGCUAGCCAAGCAAACAUGAACGAUCUGUUUAAGGUGUGCCCGCAGAGUCAAUGCGUGUCCACUCCGGGUCACCGAACUGACCUGUUCCAGAGGGAUCCGGGGAGCGUCCUCAUCACUGACUUUUUCGGAAGUGUCCGCAAAGUGGAGAUCACCAAGGACACUAUCAAUCUGACAUCCCCUGUAGAGCUGCCAGUACAAAAGUCUGGAAGGGGUGAUAUACAAAUCGAAUCGUUAACUUAUGUGGACCAACUUCCAGUGUCUGAAAUUAUUCAUCAGAAACCCAAGCAGAAGGACUGGCACCCUCCUGAUGGCUUCAUUCUGGGGCUCUGGACUCUCAUCUUGCUGGUGUUCUUCAAGACCUAUGGCAUCAAACAUCUCAAACACAUCUUCUGAUUCAUCCCUCCCAGCACCGCCGAGGUCAAAGAACCCACCGCUUGUGUCUUCUCUUUCAGAAAAGAGACCACCCUAACUUUGUUCAUGAUUGAUUUGGUCAGGAAUACGUUUUUAUUUAUUUUUUGAUGCAAGUUUGUUUUCUUUGGGUUUUGCUGUGUAUCAUUUUUUGAAAGUGACAUGCACUGACUUCUUACGUUCAAACAUCCUUUGUUGCUCAGUAGCGAAAGCAUUUGAAUUUCACACAGGGACUUUCUUUUGAACUAAACACACACAGACAGCUUGCAGGGAGAAGCAUACUUCUUGUUUGUUGGUUUGUUUAUAAGUUUGUUUGUUCUUUAAGAUUAAGAUUUAUAAUGGCACUGUGGAAUUGUAACUUGUAAUGAGGGCAUGCACUCCUCCCAGAUUUCAUUAGUUCUCAGUGGGAUGUUUUUUAUUUUUUUAUUAUUUUAUUGAUAAGAUCAUCUAAAUCUGUAUAUGCAAUUGCUGUUCAUCCAUCAAUGUUUAAUGGUUAUUUGAAGUGCGAAAAGAACACUAAUUUUCUGGGUAGAAAACAAAUAAUGUAAAGAAAAUAAAGCCUAUUUUAGGAUCAUUAAGUUGUUUGUUUGUUUUGCAUUUAAAGCAAUUGAAUCCUAAAUUCUCAUUAUCAUAAUGAAAAGAAACAUCUCAUUGUCGUUAAUGUAAUACAGUAAUGAUUUUUAAUUAGCAUAAAUCAAAUCAGGUACAACAAAUGAUAACAUGAUGUGUAAUCACUCCUGUCCUUAAUUUAAAUAAUAUAACAUUUAUGUUCAGUUACAGCAAUGUUAAUGGGAUUGUUUUUUCAUAAGCUGCUGACAGUUAGCUGACAAGAAGUGGGUAGAACAUGUCAUGAAAUUAGCUAAAUAUCUUAUUGGUCCUAAAACAGGCUUUGUUUUUCAAGCAAAAUGUAAUUUCUUUGUUUUUUUUUUUGUGGCCUAGACAUUUUCGUGAGUUCGCCCAGCAAUAAAUGUAAGGAAUUAAUGGACAACAAACAUUUCCAUGUACAGCAACCAAACGGGCUCCAUUUGCCUGUGGCCAUGUCCUGUAUCUGUCCAUUAGCAUCUCUGCUGCACUUGAACCGUGUUACGAAUGUGCUCUAAAAGGGGUCGACCGAAUUCACCCCCAGCUACACAGCAAGUGUGAAUAAGAGAUUGACAAAUUGGAAUCUCUAAUUCAGAUUUUUUUUUUUCUGUCUGUCUAAUGCAUCAUUAACUGUUGGUAAGUCAGACAUCGAGGAUUGUUUAGGAAAGCAGCCCACAUUAAAAUAUUCACUGGCACUCAUGUUAUGUGAGUAAAUGCAUUAUGGGAAUUUCGGCAGUGCCAUUUUGUCUUUUUCCCAUUUGUGUUCUCAAGCAUUUUGCGGUAUGUUUUUUAUUAUAGAACUGGCUAAAGGUGACAUUUUGAAUAAAGCCUACAGUAAAAAGA